AUGGCACGUUUCAAUAUUCCGGGGGAAGCUUUGAGCUUAUCGCCCCCAAUCCAAUGGGAAUCCCCGGUCUCGAUGCCCAUUGCUCCUUCUUCCUUAAUUCCACCCUUCACCUAUGUCCGCAAUCCCUUGGACAAUAACAUCGUCCUCACAUUCAUGUUGCAUAUUUCCGACCGCAAUGCGGGGGUCUAUAGCCGCCCUCGUAUAUCCGAGCUGGCUACUCGCUACUCCCCGGCCAUGACUGUUGAUUACCAGAAUCUCACCAAUCCACAUCUCCCCUCCAGUCCACCGAUCGCCCACAAUUCUCGCGCCUCCCACUGGUCCUCGAAGCCAACUGAUCCACCUGCCCCAACGCCGUGA